AUGAGGAGGAUGACAGGCAGGUCCAGCUUCUGUGUGGACCGCGGUCCCGGCGAGGACGUCAAUAAGCGAGGCUCGUUGCCCGUGGUCGCGCCGCAGACGUCCAUCGACGAGAUGGUGAUCGAGCUGCCAUGGGGCGACGACGAGAUGCGCUCCGUCUUCGCCAAGUUCGACUGGGACCGGGACGGCGAGGUGCACACGGAUACGCUGCACGCCAUGCUGCGCGGGCUCGGCUGUUUCCCUGAGGUGGGCGACGCGGAGCGGCUGGUACAGCAGCAGACUCGCUUCUCCACCCUGA